GAAAAAAAACAAAACGCGAAUAUUUACAACGAUUUUGUAUUAAAUAAUUGUUUUUGUUUCAAGAUUACGAUUAUAAAUUACGCUUGUUUUUAGUAGUACAUCAUAACACAUUUGUGCGAACUCUGUGUUAUAGUAAGCGAUAAGAACGUGGCUUGCUUCAAACUAAAAAAGACAUAAAACAUGGCCGAUGAAGCACCAGCUGCACCACCCGCCGAAGGUGAGGCACCAGCAGCACCCGCCGAAGGCGAGGCACCACCACCAGCUGAAGGCGAAGCCCCACCAGCUGAACCCGUUAAGAACACCUACACUCUAUUCUAUUUCAAUGUCAAAGCCUUGGCCGAACCAUUGCGUUAUCUCUUCGCCUAUGGUGGCAUUGAAUACGAGGAUGUUCGUGUAACUCGCGAUGAGUGGCCAGCAUUGAAGCCAACCAUGCCCAUGGGUCAAAUGCCCGUUUUGGAAGUUAACGGCAAGCGUGUUCAUCAGAGCAUUUCAAUGGCCCGUUUCUUGGCGAAAACUGUGGGCUUGUGCGGUGCCACACCCUGGGAAGAUCUACAAGUUGAUAUUGUUGUCGAUACCAUCAAUGAUUUCCGUCUAAGUAGCGAACAAUUCGUUUCCUACGAACCCGAGGAUGAAAUCAAGGAGAAGAAAUUGGUCACCCUUAACAAUGAAGUCAUUCCAUUCUAUUUGGAGAAAUUGGAACAAACCGUCAAGGAUAACGAUGGUCAUUUGGCAUUGAACAAGUUAACCUGGGCCGAUGUCUACUUUGCCGGCAUUUUGGAUUACAUGAACUACAUGGUGAAGCGUGAUAUUUUGGAACAAUACCCAGCAUUGCGUGGCGUCGUCGAUAGUGUCAAUGCCUUGGAACCCAUUAAGGCCUGGAUUGAAAAGAGACCACAAACUGAAGUCUAAACAAAAUUUCAAUUUCUCUUGCAAACACACCAACGCCAACACCAACGGGGAUAUAGCAAAAGAAAAACAAAAACAUUUAUAUGAAAAACCAACACUAACUAAAAAUCAAAACAACACCAACAACAAUAUACAAUUUAACAUCAACAACAACAACUGUAUUGUUUUACACUUAACACUUUGUUCCUUUCUUUUUUUGUAAUAAUAAUAAUAAAAUAAUAUGAAGCAUACAUCAUAAAGAUAACAAUAAUAAUUACAUAUAUAUUAUUAAUAAUAAACAAAACUAUAUAAAAAACUAACAA